UGGCUAUGAUGUCAAACGUUUUCAGCUGUUGGCCGGUCGCGAGACGAGGAAGAGGGAAGGGCGGAGAAGUCCUCCAACUCAAGGCAAGAGAGAGAGGAAGAAGCCCAUGGGUACCAGAAGUGAGUGAGUGAGCGAGCGACUGUGUGAGAGAGAGGGAGGGAGAGAGAGCCAGAGAGAGAGAGAAGGGACUUCAGAGCUAGUUAACUUUUUCCAGACCCAAACUAGCUAGCCAACUGCUGGCUGCUUGUGCUAACGUUAGUUUAGAUUCAUCACAGGGCACUUCAACAUAAACCGCUGAGCACUCUGGACGCGCCGAAACAAUAGUCUGUCUCAUCGUCCUUUUUGUUAUUUUUUGAAAGGACAGAAGCUAGCCAGCUGUAGCCUACUGUACGCAAUUUCGAGCUAACGGCUGAGUCGACACAAAUUUUGAAUGGACGAAAUUGAGCAGUUAUAUUUCGGCUUGCUAAUUACCGUUCUAUAACUACCGCUUUCCUACUUUAUUCACUAUUCCAUGCCUGUCAGUUCCCACGGAAAACACAAAACCCACGGAGUGGACGUGAGUUGGUGCUGAAGCCUUUGCGAUGAGUCCAAGAUAACCCCCUGGGUAUCCUCCACUCCACUCCCCUGGAGCCCCCCUGCCUCUCUCCUCGUCUGCCUCACCCCCCACGCCCCCCAGCAGCUCUCUGCCCCACCCAACAUGGCCGACCUGUCGGGGCUCGUGUCAGACGAGGCCACGCCCGAAGAGUUGCCUGGCAACCCCUGUCUCCUGGAGAUCGAGAGGAACUAUGAGGUCAUCCCUGCUGUCAUCUGCUCCAUGUGCUGCCUCUUCGGCAUCAUCUACUGCUUCUUCGGCUACCGCUGCUUCAAGGCGGUGAUGUUCCUGUCGGGCCUGAUGUUCGGCUCGGUCAUCAUCUUCCUGCUGUGCCACAAGGAGCGCGUGCUGGACACGCAGCUGAGCGUGGAGGCGUCGGCGGGCAUCGGGCUGGGCAUCGGGCUGCUGUGCGGCCUGGUCACCAUGCUGGUGCGCAGCGUGGGACUCUUCAUGACCGGCCUGCUGCUGGGGCUGCUGCUCGCCCUCGCCGCCCUGCUGGUCACGUACCAGUUCUUCACGCCCACCACCGUCUGGGUCCCUCUGGGUGCGCUGCUGGGUACGGGCAUGCUGUGUGCGGUCAUGACUCUGCAGUGGCAGCGGCUCUUCACGGUGCUGUCCACCUCGGUGUUCGGGGCGGCCAUCAUGACGGUGUGUGCGGACUACUUCGUGGAGAUGCUGGCCCUGGCCACCCACGUCUACAACUGCCUGCGUCUGGAGCCGGCGCCGCCGCCCCUCUGCUGGUACAGUUGGGUCAUCCUGGGCAUCUGGCCCACCCUCAGCCUCAUGGGCGUCCUCGUGCAGUGGAAGCUCACCGCUGAGGGCUUCUCACAUACUGAAGUCAUAAUCAGCCGGAGACAGAAGCGGGUGCAGCUGAUGCGUAUCCGGCAGAAGGAUGCCAAGAAGCGGCAGCAGAGCACCGGGCAGGAGGGCACGUACCGCCGCAAGCCCACGCCCGUCAAGCGCUACGCUGGGGACCUGCUCGCCCCCAGCUACUUGCAGAGUCUGCGUGACCGUCAGAUGGGCACGGGCAACUCCCUGAGCAGCCUGGGCACUGCCAACCACACCAUGAUCGACUUCGACUACGAGACGGGCUCCACCGUUCCCCUCACCGCCACCACGCCCGUCAUUCGUGUCUGAUCGCACGCAUGGACGCAUCUGAUUGGAGGGGAAGAGAGGGGGGGAGGCAGCCUUUCUGAAGGCCACAGCUUCCUUUCUUUUUUUUAUCCAGAUGCCUAGUCUUUGUCCUCAAACGUACAGACUUUGUGAUGACAUGGAAAGACUUUUUUUUUUGGUCACACAAAACACAUCCAAUGCUGUCUUCAAUGUCAGAGACCGACGGGGGAAAGACAUGAGCUGUCAGCACUGGGUGACGCCACGUCUGAUAUCUUGAACGAUUUGCAAUGGGAACUGAAUGAAAUAAUCUCACGAAAAAAGGCGUUCUGAGAAUUCUCUCUUAGUCCAGCUGUUCACGCGGACAAUGUAGUCCACCCCCUGAACUGUGGCAAUGAGCCUGUGACGGUGGGAUUGGUAUGCAAACAAGCAUGGGAGAAGACGAAUAUAAGCUGGCUGAGGUGUACUGCGCUGGAGAGAGAAAGAGAGAGAGGAAGAAAAAGAGAUGGAGAGAGCAGAGGUGCCGUUUUCCCUGGCUGUCUGUGACUGGUGUGUGAUGUGUCCUUUUGAACCACUCUGUGAACAAACCCGGCCUGUGUUUCUGUUUUGGCCGUGAGCUGCCGCAAGCCUGUGUGAAAAGAGAUGUGUGAUUGGUGGGUGCUGUGUCUCUCCUGCAGUGUAUGGGAGGACGGGGCCAUUCACAUUCUUAAUAGGGCAUCUUCCUAAAUGUGUUACGUAGGUAGGUUGGUAGUGUGCAAUUGAAUGCAAUGUCUAAAACAAAAAUACUGCAAACCUUAUGGUGCGUUGCCAAAAUGGCUCAAGGUGGGUGUACUCUGUCCCCUCCUUAUAGUCCUUAUAGGCCUUGUUUUUUUCUUGACAAACAGCUAAGCCAGCUGUUAUUUUGGAGCCUUUAACAUGAAGGAAAUGAUUUCUUGAAAAUCUGCCAUCUUGGGACUUUUGGAAGCUUAUGCUGAAGCUUAUGCUUAUCUGCCAUGCACAGCACACUGAGCGUGGAGUGGAGUGAUGUCACGUCUUAAUACUGUAGUCUGUGUCUCUACAGUCGCUGGCUCGGUUGUGUGAAUAAUAUGCGUUUGAUUUUUUUAUAUCCUGUUGGGUCCAGUCAUUUCAAUGUGACUAAAAAAAAACAACCCUGUGAAACAUCUUUAUACUACAGGAGCAAAACAAGUUACCAAGCAGUCCUCAGAAACUAAAAGAAAACUCAGGGCUGAAAACUAGCAGCCAUUUUGUGAAUGCUGGGUCAUUUGGUAACAUAGUUGAGCCUAGAUAUUUUUUAAAGAGAUACACAGUAGCUAGCAUGUACAGUGAGUUUAACAGGUUUAACAGCUGUAGCAUUGAGACUGAAGGAAGAAAAAAACUCAUGGAUGCACAUUAGUUAUGUUUUACACCACUCUGUUUUAGGUUAUGUUGUUCGUUCCAAGUUUUCAUCCAUUGUUGGGAGGGUGGUACAUGUAAUUUAUAGAAGAGUAUUGGGAAAUCUUUUCAGUGGAAAAAAAGAACAACUGCAUUUGAGUCAUUUGAACACUUUACUGUAGAUUACUAAAGCAUGUUCUGUGUGUGUGUGUGUUUUUAUGUACUUUAUUCUAUUUGAAUUUGUAUAAAACAAAUACAUGGACCUUGUUCCCAUAACUAUCCCAAAUCUGUACAGAAAUGUUCAUAGUAAAUUGUAAAGAAAACCCUUUGCUAAAACAAGA